ACAGGUGAACGGUGCCCCCUGGAGAAUCUGACCCCCUCCCACCCUGAGCCCCCCUCCACAUGGACGGAGGCAGAUGCCACAGACUCACCCCACACAGGGUUCACUCACCCUGGAGUAGACCACAGCAAGAAGGACCCUGGAGCCGGUCCAGGGACUCCCAGCCAGCCUGGAGGGACAGCCAAGCACAUCCCACAGAUCGACCGUACCAAGAAGCCWUCAGUCAGAGUCUCAGACGGGUCUAAACCACCCCUGGAUGCCCUCCCCAGGGACCUGCCCCCCUCCUCCCAGAAUGGCCCGUCUGUACCCCAACCCAACCGCUCGGGCAAACCGGCCUUUGACCCGUCGGUGCCGCUGACGGACGAGGAACGUGGUCAGAUCCACACGGAGACGGCUGCUCUGAUGGAGAAGGCCCGGAGAGAGCAGAAACAACGCAAACAGGAACGCCGCACCGAGGAGGAGUGGAGAGCGAGGGAACGCCGGGAGAACCAGGAGAAGGAAAAUGAGGAGAUGGAGAAGAGGAGGAAGGAGGAAGAGAACAGGACUCAGGAGAGGAAGAGGUUGGAGAGACAGAAGGCAGAGGAGGAGAAGGAGAACGGGGUUGGGGAGGAGCGAGAGACGAGGGGGAAGGAGCAAAGGGAGGAUACGCCGACAAACGGUGCUUCUCUGGACUCGCCAGCUCCCAGCCGUGUCGUCACUGAGAUUAAGGCUCCAUCCCCRCUGAAGCUUAGUGGUGCUGUAAAGAGGAGCCAUCAGCCUGGGAUGUUAAAGCAUAGAACAGUUGAUGACUAUGUCAUACCCAAGCGGGAGCUCCUAACCAGAGCCAGGAGUGAGGAGAUGGGCAGGAGUGUACCAGGCCUGCCUGUUGGCUGGAUGAAGUUCUUGGACACGGUAACCGGUACCUACCGUUACUACCAUUCCCCAACCAACCGGGUGGACUGCUACCCCCCUGAGGUCAGCGUACCCCAGACGCCCCCCUCCACCCCUCCUACGGCCAAACAGAAGCAGCCCCGCCCCGCUGAGRCAGACCAGACCAUGGACCGCGACCAGGAGCAGUCCAAACUGAAACGUUCCUACUCUUCUCCAGACAUCAGCCAGGACCUGAGGGAGGAGGGGCUAAAGAAGGUUACCGCCCCUAUAACUGCAGCCACGCGRCCAACCUUUAACAGGGAGACCAAACCAUCCACUGCUAGCGUUUACACCAAGGUGGAGAUCGCCCGUCCGUCUGCGGCUAAGAUCCGUAACCUGAACCCUGUGUUCGGCGGUCUGGGCGCCUCGCUCACCGGCCUGCGUAACCUAGGUAACACCUGCUACAUGAACUCCAUCCUGCAGUGUCUCUGCAACACACCGGCCAUGGUGGACUACUUCAACAAGAACCUCUAUCAGGAGGAUAUCAACAGGGCUAAUAUCCUGGGUCACCGAGGUGAGGUAGCAGAGGAGUUUGGUGUGAUCAUGAAGGCUCUGUGGUCAGGCCUGUAUAAGUGUAUCAGCCCCCGCGACUUUAAGUUCACUAUAGGGAAGAUCCAUGAAUCCUUCUCUGGCCAGGAACAGCAGGACUCCCAGGAGCUGCUGCUCUUCCUUAUGGACGGACUCCACGAGGACCUCAACAAGGUAGGGAGACCGGAGAGCGAGCAGGACAAAAGUGAUUAACAAGGAAAAUAGUUUGAAGAUUACCUAGUGCCUCCAAAGUUACAUAGUAGGGUAGAAUUCUGGAAUGGAACAAUGACGACUCCUGUCAAAUGGGCCUAGUUAAAGCUGAGCUGGAGUUGACCACAGUAGUAAUUAUACUGCAAAGUGGUCCUCUGUAGCCCGGAGCGGUCCUCUGUGGCMCGGCGCGGUCCUCUGUGGCCCGGAUCGUCGGUGCGAUUCCCGGGACCACCCAUAUGUCAAAUGAAUGCUGGAUGACUGUCAGUUGCUUUGGAUAAAAGCCUAUGCUAAAUGGCAUAUAUAAUAUUAUUAAAGGUCACUUCUGGAGAUGUCAGUACCGUUGCUGAUCCGGUGGAAAAUUAAAAGCCUUUUUGAAGCACAGCACACGUUCAGCUU